CUUUCCCGAAGCGCCCUGUCGGCAGCAGGCGAAAGACCGCGACCUGAAGCUCGCGAAGUUCCAGCAGCCGGACUCGCGCUAUUUCUGCAUGUGCCUGAGCGUGCAGACGGGUGGCACGGGCCUCACGAUCACAGGCGCCGACCGCGUCAUCCUGGUGGACCCGGCGUGGAACCCCUCCGCCGACGCCCAGGCGAUCGACCGCGUGCACCGCAUCGGGCAGCAGAAGGACGUGGUGAUCUACCGCCUCAUCGCCGCCGGCGCCAUCGAGGACAAGAUGUUCCGGCUGCAGGUGUUCAAACGCGGGGUGUCGAAGAGCUACCUCGAGCAAGAGCAGCAGCUCCGCUUUUUCUCGCACAAGGAGCUAAAACAGCUCUUCGAGCCGCCCAGCGAGGCCUCGUCCACGCAGUCCCUGAUGGCGGAGCAGAUCGGCACCGAGGCACUCGAGCACGCGGAGCUGCUCAGCGUGGUGGCCUCGGACAUCGGCAACACCGACGACGAGGACGCCCUGGCCUUCUGGCAGAGCUCCGACGUCCUGGGCUUCUCGGACUACCAGCGGCUGUUCAUGUUCCUGGAGCAGGCCCGCGAGGGAGAGGAGGACGCCGUGCAGCAGGCGAAGGAGAUGGCGGCGAGGCUCAAGAGCGAGGAGUACAUCAAGGACCAGGUGGUGGACAACAAGUGGAAGCGGCACUGGAUGGAGGCCCAGGCGGCCGCGGCCAGCGACGGCGAGGCGGCGGGCUCCCAGGGGGCGCCCGGCUCCGGCGCCGAGGCCCCGGCGCCGCUGCAGGACGCGUGAGGGCCCGGCGUGCGGCGGGCGAGGCCGCGGGGGCUGCGACAGGGGCGUCCCUGUCCUCGUCCUCCUCCUCCUCCUCCUCCUC